AAUACGGCGUUACGGAAGCCGCAGUGCUGCACCCGAACAUGGCGCUCCUGUCCGCCCGUGUGCUGGAGGCCGCCCUUAAACGGUGUCGAUCGGCGCCGCACCUUCUGCUGUUUUGCAUCGUCUUUGCCCUCCUGCUUAAGCCGCGUCCCGUGCUAGGCAAAAAGAACCAGCCUAAAGAGAUCACUGACAGUAACUGGGAGGAAAUCCUGCAAGGAGAAUGGAUGAUAGAAUUUUUUGCUCCCUGGUGUCCAGCCUGCAAACAACUGCAGCCAGUCUGGGAUGAGUUUGCAGAGUGGGGAGAUGACCUGGGCAUUAACAUCGCCAAAGUGGACAUCACUGAGCAGCCCGGCCUGAGUGGGCGAUUUGCUGUCACGUCCCUUCCUACAAUCUACCACUGUAAAGACGGCGAGUUCCGGGUCUACGAUGGAGCGAGGAGCAAGGAUGACUUCCUGGGCUUCAUCGAUGAGAAGAAGUGGCAGAACAUCAAGCCCAUGUCCUCCUGGCUGGGACCCUCCUCCUUCCUGAUGAAUGGCAUUUCAGCAGUCUUCAGACUCUCGGUGUCCAUUCGGCAGUGGCACAGCUACCUGACGGAGCAGCUUGGCCUUCCGGCUUGGGGCUCAUACGUUCUCUUCACCUUGGCCGUGCUCUUCACCGGCCUGGCCCUCGGUCUGAUCCUGGUGAUCAUCACGGAUUUUGCCUUCUCCUCCCGCCGCCCUGAUCCCCCCCCUGGAUACUACCAGCGGAGACGGCUUUUGGAACGGGCUCAGUUGAGAAAACAGCAGGAGGAUGAGCUGGAGGAGAAUGAGGAAGAGGACGAGACUGAGGAAGAGGAGGCUGGCGGCAAGCCAGAACUCAGGGACGAGGACUUCCACGAGGAAUCUCUGCGGAGGAGGUUCCAGGGUCCUGGCAGGGAGGAGGAGGACGACGACACCUAGAGGCCAGGAUGGGUACUGCAGAUGUACCUAGAAUGGCCCACCGGGGGGGGUGGGGCAUAAGCACACGCGGCAGAGUUGUGUCUUUGUGGGGCCGCCCUGUGAGUUUGGUGUGGUCUGUCCUCCCGGAGCAGCUCACCUGCCCUCCUUCGCUCCCUCCCUUCCUUCCACUCACUCCACGCAUGUUCCCCUGGAGACUGUUAACUGUUACUCUUCGGAAGUAAUACUGCAGAGUUUCCUUUUAAUAGGGACAUAUUUAGCAGUAUUCUUUUUUUUUUAUUGGGUUUUUUUGCAUUAGCCUUUCUUCGCUAACAUUUCUAAUUUUAAUCUCCCCCGCUACGCCCUGGACUUCCCGCUGCCCUCGCUGCGGUCUGUUUUUUUUCCACUUAUCAGCCAGUUAAAUGGCCGCCUCUGAUCCCCAGCAGUGUUCCGUCUGGGUCUGUGGGAGGUGGAAGCGUUUAACAUCCGCGCUAAGCCAUCCGCCCGUGCCGGAGUGCCAAAGCGGUGCACGCAGCGCCUUAGCCCACUUCCUGCAGCAGAAAUGCAGUAAAUGUUGAAGCUCACACCACCUCCUCGUUGCUUAGCUUACACACAUGCCCAUUUCGGGUCAGACUCUUCAAAUGCAUUAAAUGAAGAGAGAUUAGUGUUUUUUCCAGGUUUGGAACAGCGCCCUCUACUUUCUGCCUUGGUUGUGAAUGUUAUAAUGGAGUGAUCAGCUUUAUGAAAAUUGGAAUAGUUACUUGGCUCCCACAGUGGUGCAGAUCCUAUGUGGUGUGACAAUAUUCUGUAACUUCCAUGCCAAACACUAGAGGGAGUUUCCCCUUUAAGAAUGGGGAAAUAAAGGCAGGCAGUUGUUAAACCUAAGACUGACAAGUUACAUGAAUGCACCAAGCAACCAAGUGCAGAAUUGAGGAAAUCAUUCUAAAAUAUUAAUAUUCAACAAAUGGCUAUUUUAAUGAGAGGUUUUAGUCACCCCGAGUCAUGCCCUGCACUGUAUCCCGAGUCAUGCCCUGCACUGUAAGCAUAAUCCCCUCUUUAGAGGUUUCAUACUUCACUGUCUUGGAGACCUUUGAUGCACAUGGAUCCAAAUUCAACCCAGUUUUGUUUUAACUUAAACUUUUUUUUUUUAAUUCCCCCCAAAAAAUGUUUUCAUUCAAGUUUACUCAAGUUUGUUAAAAUAAAGCCUUUGAUGUUUUGCCGUACCACAAA